GAUCAUUAUUUGUCGACUACUACGAUGACCAUCGUCGAGACCAAUGGUUCUACGGUCAACAGCAAGAUAGAGGACGAGAAUACCCGACAUGACAAACGGCUCGCGCUCAAGGGACUCAAUGAAUACCCAUCUUCCCCAGAGUCCUCUAAGCUUGAUUCUUCACUGAAACGACAUACUGCACUCAUCAAGCGGAUGCGUCAGUCAAUGGCAGCUGAUAACCGUGACCAAAUACUCAAGGAUAUCGAUACGCUGUCACUUGAGAAGUACGUCGAGGAAAUUGUAGGGGCCGUCAUGGAUGGAAUUGUCAAAUGUAAAACGGAGAAGGACGUAUGGAGCGCCGUUGAAGCCAUUUCUCACUUACAUCAACGAUUUCCAAAAUCCUUUACACCUGCUCUAGUCACUUCACUCGCAAAUGCCCUUAGUGUUCCAUCAAGAGCAUCCCUGCAGUCAUUGACCGCAGAACAGAGGGAAAAAGAAGAUUCCUCUCGGGUUACCCGGCAGCGUCCCAUCCUGCGAAUAUGUUCUGAAUUGGCGCUGGUAGGAGUGAUCAGAGAUGGUCCUGGGCGAAGUGGUGGCGAAUGGAUUAUGAAGGUUUUGAAGGAAAUGGUUCGCCACUCAAUCGCGCACGUCUGGGAAGUGCAUUAACGAAGUCAACAGCUCUCUAACGACCCCAGUCUCUCCUCCCUGCCACUAUUAUCCUCCUUUCUCAAGGCUUAUUCGUUGCCCUUCCUUGGUAUCGCCCCCACCGCUCCCUCAAAACAGAUAUCGAUAACUUCAGAACCGGGCUCCUUGUCUUUCUCGCAAGCAGAAGAGCCUUCUGCUUUGGCCGGGUUUCCCUCUCUUCAAAAUGAAGUGGAUCAAUUAAUAGAGAAGGAUACGCGCGAUAGGUUCAAGCGGAUGUGUGAAGGGUAUUUUGAUAACGUGUGCAAAAAAUUGUUGAUUGAGCAUACGCGUUUGCAAGAACAAGAUCGACGUAAUCAUGAAGCCUAUAUCAAGUCCGGAGAAAUCUUCGAAGACAGGCAACAGGCGUAUGAGAAGAUGACUAAAAGUUAUGAAAAAUUGCUAGCAAAUUGUCAACAUCUUUCUGAACUCCUCUGCUUGCCUUUACCUCAAUUACCCACCUUGUCCCGGAAGGCCGACUCUAUACAAAUUGGUCUCAACAGUGGCAGCAUUUUGGGAGGCGAAGAUGGCGACCAGUUCUUAUCCGCCGACAGGAAGUGGGAAGAUGAAGAGGAAAGAAAAUUCUUCGAGGAAGUUCAGGAUUUGAAAGAUUUCGUUCCUAAGAGCGUUCUUGGUAUUGAUGAGGAAGAGAAACCAAAGGAGGAGGACGAAGAGCAGACCCAGAAGAGGCUAGAACAAGAAAAAGAAGAAUUCAGGAAACUAGAGGAGGAGUUGGAGAAACUAAACGACAAUGUUCUUACUCCCGAAGCAGCAGCCGACGAUAUCACAGACGAUGCUCCAACCCCUGUUCCGGGAACCCCCAAAGCAACGACUCCACCUCUGUCACCUCAUCUUGCACCUCAGGGUCCUUCACAACUCCUUUCCGCACUCUUGGCCAGACUGCCCGAUGCGACCAAUCGUGCUUUGAUCGACCAAGCUGCUAUCGACUUCGCAUUUCUAAAUUCCAAAGCGGCGCGAAAGAGACUUGUGAAGUUCCUAGCCCAAAUACCGAAGAAUAGAACAGACCUUUUGCCACAUUAUUCUCGGUUGGUCGCUACUCUUAAUAAGUACAUGCCGGACAUUGGUACCGAGCUUGUCGGAACUCUAGACGACGAGUUCAGGUAUUUGCAGAGAAAGAAGAACGUUAUGAAAGACCUUGCGGAGACCAGACUGAAGAAUAUCAUGUUCAUUUCCAACUUGACGAAAUUCCGUGUUGUCCCUACUCAUGUCAUCCUUCACAUGUUCAAAGUGUGCUUGGACGACUUCUCUGGUAAUAACGUAGAAAAUUUAGCCCUCCUAUUGGAAGGUUGCGGAAGAUUUCUACUGAGAAGCGAAGACACACGAGAACGAUUUGGGACCAUGUUAGAAUUGAUGCGACGAAAACAAAGCAUGCAACACUUUGAUCAGAGACAGCUUCUCUUACUGGAGAAUGCAUAUUAUCAGUGUAAUCCUCCUGAACGAGCACCUCGACAAGACAAGGAACGAACACCUAUGGAAUUUUUCAUACGCCAUCUUAUCUUCGAUGUACUUGCCAAGAAAACCAUAGACAAGGUGUUCAAGCUCAUUCGAAAGCUAGAUUGGGAUGACGCCAACGUUCGCAAUGUCCUUUUCAAACUCUUCACAAAACCUUGGAAGCUCAAAUUCAGCAACAUCAGCUUGAUGGCUAUGCUGACAUACGAUCUACAAAGAUACCACCCAUCCUUUUCGGUGGCCGUCGUCGAUCAGGUCUUGGAAGAUGUACGACGAGGUUUGGAGCAGAACGUUUAUAGCACAAAUCAGCGAAGAAUGGCCACCAUAAAAUACCUGGGCGAGCUAUACAUCUAUCGACUUCUGAGUUCCGGGAUCAUAUUCGAUACUCUGUGGUCAAUGGUGACCUUUGGACAUCCGGAUGGUCGACCUCUACCACACCAAGCAUGCACUCUGGACAUGCCUGACGAUUUCUUCCGCGUUCGCCUUGUCUGCGCACUGUUAGACACGUGUGGCAUGUGCUUUGAUCACGGGACUCAGAAGAAGAAACUGGAUAACUUCUUGGUCUUUUUUCAAUAUUACGUGCAUUGCAAAGACGAACUUCCGAUGGAUGUGGAUUUCAUGCUCUCUGAUUCACUAGAGGCAGUGAGGUCCAAAUUUCAACUUGUCAAGACCAUCGAAGAGGCGGUGCUUGCAGUGGACGAAAUGAUGAAUUCAACAUUCCAGAAUGUCGAAAUUACUGAUGGUGAGGACAGUGGAGAAGAAAGCGGCGGUGAAGAUGAAAGAAGGGAGAAUGAUGAACGGGAAGAUGAAGAGGAAGAUGAGGUGGAGGAUCAAGACAACGUGAUUGUCAACGAUAGGCCCAACUCUCCGGAAGAAAGAAUUGUCUUAUCGUCGAGUCAAGAAAACCUCGGUCCCUCUGAAGAGGCAGACGCAGAAUUCGCUAAAGAGCUUGCGAAGCUUGUUACCGACACCUCCAACGAAGCAAGGAAAGUUGACAAAAAGACUGCACUCGUUCUAUGGGAUUCAGCCAUCUUACCUCCAACUGCUCGAAAGAAGAGGGUGGAAGAACAAGACGACUCCAGAAGUUCGAAUAAGAAAGACGUGAUGACUUUCACAGUCGUGACGAAGAAAGGGAAUAAACAACAGACUCGACAGCUUGCCGUUCCCUCCGAAUCGGCGUUGGCUAUUCACACCCGUAGCGCCCAACUGCAAGACAAAGUUGAACAACAACAAUUGAAGCGCUUGGUCCUUGACUAUGAACAACGAGAAGAGGCUGAAGAGCUAAAAGCUUUGGAAGCCCGUAAUCGCUCAGGAGCAAUCAAGAUUCGAUACGUUGGCUGACACCUACGGCCAUACUUCCUCGUGUGUUUUGGAGCGACAGCUUCUUUCCUUAUUUGAAGCAGCCAACGCCUUCGAACUGCCUGCUGGGACUCGGAGACUUGUGUCGUCCGGUGUGGUUGUCGUUUCGAGUCACAGUCUUCCUGGUCUUACGACAUCCGAAUUCUAUCACUCGCGGUUCACAAAGGUCUGCAAUUUUUCGGAUAGGCCGGUCGCUCUUCUCGAUGCGUGGUUACAUAGACAGAGAUUGUGAUUGUGAUUAUAGCGAGAUAGCACGAACAACCCAGUAUCAGUAAACGGUUUCAAGCUGAUCUUUUUUUGUGAACGACGGA